UAAACAAGGAGUUUUCUCGUGUGAAUGGACGCUGCUGUGUCGCUUGUUACUUUGUCUGUAACUUUUGAAACGUCCUCAGCGUGAAUCGCUCAAAAAUAUAGUUUAAGAGUUUGCAGUACAGUCAAACUGAGUGUUCUGUCAGUGUUUCUUGUAAAGGAUAACCAUGUCGGACGUUUUGUCUGAUGACGGGAGCGACAUCAACCACGAUGACAGCCAGGAGGAUGUUAUGACCCCGGCGGAGCUGAUCUCCAAACUGGAAGAAGCUUGGCUGAAUGAGAAGUUCUCACCUGAGCUGCUGGAGAACAAGUCAGAGGUGGUGGAGUGUGUGAUGGAGCAACUCACCCACAUGGAAGCCAACCUGCAGCGGGUUAAGAAAGGUGACACAAAGGCCAGCAUCCAUCGUAUGGAAAUAGACAGAAUACGCUUUGUCCUCAGCAGUUACCUGCGCUGUCGUCUGCAAAAGAUUGAGAAGUUUUUCCCACAUGUCCUGGAGCGGGAAAAGUCUCGAGGUGAGGGAGAUCCGUCACUGCUCUCGCCUGAGGAGUUUGCCUUUGCCAAAGAGUACUAUGCCAACACAGAAACCUACCUGAAGGCUGUAGCACUGAAGCGCAUGCCCCCUAACCUGCAGACAGUUGACAUGCUCAAAGCAGUGCCUGAGCCCUGUCUGGACUCAUUUGUGUUUCUGCGGGUGAAGGAGAGACAGGAGAACAUCCUGGUGGAGCCGGAAACAGAUGAUCAGAGAGAGUAUGUUGUGGAUAUGGACGAGGGAUCUCAACAUCUGAUGCGGUUUCGUACCAUAGCUCCUCUUGUCUCAAGUGGAGCUGUGCAGUUAAUUUGAACGUUGAGGUCUGUUUGUGCGGGUGUUUUUUUGGCUCCUGGAGGACAUAAAGGAGCAAUGACCUCGUUUUUGUAACAUGGCAGCAAUGAGGAGAAUCACUUUGCAGAGAAUGCAUCUGGACAUGCACCCAUCGUUUAUACUGGUGUCAAGAUUAAAGACUCAUUUGUGGGACGUAAACACAAACAUUUGUUACACCAUGUCUUCUGAGUCCUGGCUGGUACUGUGAGAAGGGCUCGCUGAGGAAUGAAUUCUGUCAACCGCACCAGCUUUUGCAGCGCUCUGGUGUUAUUUUUGGAUCUUUUUAAUCACCAACACAAGUUUGGUUAUGUAAUAAUAAUGUAUUCUGGUGUGCUCAUGUCAGUGUGACUGGCAAAUACAAGUCAAAGUAAUUUGCUAAUUUAUGGUUCAUUCUGUUACUUUAUCCACAUGACUCACAUUUUUUGGACUUUUUUUUUCCUCUCUGCUGCUCGGUAACGAGACACUUCAAAUGACCUGGAGGGGAAAUUUCAUCAGCUCACUUGGCAUCAUAAGCUUGCCAAGAGGUAUUAUUUUUGCUCAACAUGCUAAAGUAAGAUGAAUGCUUAUAUUAAAAUCCAUUUUGCUCAUGAUAAA